ACAUUUGCAAAUGCCAUUCUUCUUCCUAGUCUUUUACUAAUCCUGCCUUCUUCAAUUGAUUGCAGAUUCUACUCAGAAUUGAGUAGGACGUGAAGAAGUCAAGAUGGACGCAGACAAGACAACAAUUGCCCUGGAAGCAAUUAGCAAAGAAACUGUUGAUUUGGAAAACAUCCCCGUUGAAGAAGUUUUUGAAAAAUUGAAGUGUACUGAAGCUGGUCUCACUUCUGAUGAGGUUCAGAAACGUCUUGAAGUGUUUGGAUACAACAAGCUUGAAGAAAAGAAGGAGAGUAAAAUACUCAAGUUUCUUGGGUUUAUGUGGAAUCCUCUGUCAUGGGUUAUGGAAGCAGCAGCCAUUAUGGCAAUCACUAUGGCUCGUGGAGGCGGCAAGGGAUUGGAUUACCACGACUUUGUAGGAAUCAUGGCGUUACUUAUAGUUAACUCAACUAUAAGUUUUAUGGAGGAAAAUAAUGCUGGCAAUGCAGCUGCAGCCUUGAUGGCACGGUUGGCGCCAAGAGCUAAGAUUUUACGUGAUGGAAAAUGGGGUGAAGAAGACGCUUCUGUACUAGUUCCAGGAGACAUUAUUAGCAUUAAACUGGGGGAUAUCAUCCCAGCUGAUGCUCGUUUGCUUCAAGGGGAUCCUUUAAAAAUUGAUCAGUCUUCCCUUACUGGAGAAUCUCUGCCAGUAACUAAGAAUCCUGGUGAUGGAGUAUAUUCAGGCUCAACAUGUAAGCAAGGGGAAAUUGAAGCGGUUGUUAUUGCGACAGGAGUACACACAUUCUUUGGAAGAGCAGCUCAUCUUGUUGACAAUACUACACACAUUGGGCACUUUCAACAGGUCUUGACUGCAAUAGGAAACUUCUGCAUUUGCUCAAUUGCUAUUGGAAUGUUUAUUGAGAUUGUUGUUAUAGCCAGUCAACAUAGAAAAUAUCGUGAAGGCAUAGACAAUCUUUUGGUUUUACUCAUUGGUGGUAUCCCCAUCGCAAUGCCAACAGUUCUAUCAGUUACUAUGGCCAUUGGGUCGCAUCGUCUAUCUCAACAGGGUGCUAUAACAAAGAGAAUGACAGCUAUUGAAGAAAUGGCUGGGAUGGAUGUCUUAUGCAGUGACAAAACAGGCACCUUAACUCUCAACAAGCUCACAGUUGACAAAAAUCUAGUUGAGGUUUUUGCCAAAGGUGUCGACAAAGACACAGUUGUCUUGAUGGCAGCAAGAGCCUCUCGAACUGAGAACCAAGAUGCCAUUGACACUGCAAUCAUAUCCAUGUUGGGUGACCCUAAGGAGGCACGCGCUGGAAUUACUGAAGUUCAUUUCCUUCCAUUCAAUCCAACUGACAAACGGACCGCUCUUACAUACAUAGAUGGUGCAGGAAAAAUGCACAGAGUGAGCAAAGGUGCACCAGAGCAGAUUCUUAAUCUGGCAUGGAACAAAUCAGAUAUUGAAAAAAGAGUACAUUCAAUUAUAGACAAGUUUGCUGAGCGUGGACUUCGAUCUCUGGCAGUUGCUCGCCAGCAAGUACCCGAGAACACCAAGGACAGUGCUGGUGGCCCCUGGGAAUUCAUCGGCCUUAUGCCUCUCUUUGAUCCACCUCGCCAUGAUAGUGCUGAAACAAUUAGAAGAGCUUUAGAUCUUGGAGUGAGCGUCAAAAUGAUCACAGGUGACCAGCUGGCAAUCGGGAAAGAAACAGGGAGACGUCUAGGCAUGGGAACCAACAUGUAUCCAUCGUCGUCUUUGCUUGGUGAUCAUAAGGAUGCUGCACUUGCAACUUUAUCAGUCGAAGAACUUAUUGAAAAAGCAGACGGUUUUGCUGGCGUCUUUCCUGAGCACAAAUAUGAGAUAGUAAAGAUAUUACAAGGUAGAAAGCACAUUACUGGAAUGACGGGAGAUGGAGUUAAUGAUGCACCUGCACUAAAGAUAGCAGACAUAGGAAUUGCGGUAGCAGAUGCAACAGAUGCUGCCAGAAGUGCCUCUGAUAUAGUUCUAACUGAGCCGGGGUUGAGUGUUAUCAUUAGUGCUGUUCUAACAAGUCGUGCUAUCUUUCAGAGGAUGAAGAACUACACAAUAUAUGCAGUGUCAAUCACAAUACGUAUUGUGUUGGGAUUUUUGUUGCUAAGUGCCUUUUGGCAGUUCAAUUUCCCUCCUCUAAUGGUUCUGGUCAUAGCUAUCCUCAAUGAUGGCACUAUCAUGACAAUUUCCAAAGACAGGGUGAAACCAUCGCCGCUCCCAGACAGUUGGAAACUCACAGAAAUUUUUACAACAGGAGUUGUUAUAGGAACUUACCUUGCCUUGAUGACUGUCAUAUUUUACUAUGGAAUGGCUGAGACUAGCUUCUUUGCGAAUCACUUCCAUGUAGAUGACUUCAACAAGCACAAUUACGACCUUAAAAGCCUCUCAGACAAUGAUGCAAAGGAAAUGACCAAAAUUAUAAAUGGGCGUCUAGCUUCUGCCGUAUACCUUCAAGUCAGUACCAUCAGCCAGGCCUUGAUAUUUGUGACGCGCUCAAGGGGAUGGUCAUUUACAGAAAGACCUGGCUCUCUUCUAAUGUGCGCCUUCGUCAUUGCUCAGUUAGUUGCGACUGUCAUCUCUGCUGUAGUCACCUGGGAUGUUGCUGGAAUUGUCAAGAUUAAAUGGAAAUGGGCUGCUGUUAUUUGGAUAUACAACAUUUUGACUUACCUCCUGCUCGAUCCAAUCAAAUUUGGUGUCCGAUAUGCACUCAGUGGAAGAGCUUGGGGACUGAUAGUUGACCAUAAAACGGCAUUCACCACACAAAAGGAUUUUGGCAGAGAGGCCCGAGAAGCAAAAUGGGCAACCGAGCAACGAACACUUCACGGUCUUCAGUCAAGAGAAACAAAGAUGUUUGCUGAGAACUACACUUUCAGGGACAUAAACAUUAUGGCAGAAGAAGCCAAAAGGCGCGCAGAAAUUGCACGGCUGAGGGAGCUUCACACAUUGAAAGGCAGAGUAGAGUCUUUCGCAAAGCUAAGAGGGCUAGACAUCGAUGUCAACCCACAUUACACAGUCUGAUCAUAUUUUCAUAAGACUGAAUGAUUGCAAGACUAAAUUGAGAAUCUUUUGUAUUGGAAGUAAUUCCAUUUCAUCAUUGGUUCGGAUAUUAUUAUGUCAAUUGUGCAAUAAAACUGUAAUCCAGGAUCCAGCCAAUUCUAAUAAAAUCAUGGUCACCUCGAUAAUUUUUUCUAUCA